UUAAGAGAAUCUUGUUGUUUGAUAUAAAAUAAAACACGGAACGGAUAUUAUUGCUUUAGAUUCACUGACUUUGUGUUUAGUUGUCGUAACAAACAUCAUCAAGCCUAAGCAAUAUAAAGAUAAUCGUCUAAAAACAUUAUUUCAAAGUAAAAAUAAUAAAUGUCACGCGCUUGCUGCUUUUGUAAUUAAGACAUAAAAUUGUAAUGAUGGAUAAAUUAGUUUAUUUUAACUCAAUUAUAAUUUUAAUUGGUUUCUUGACGAUAAUAUUGUCGAAGUUUACUGUGAAAACUGAGCAUUUUCACUUCAGUCUCAGAGGAAUCAAUGAAACCAUUGAAACAAAAUUUCCAGAUGAUUUUAUGCUUGGUGCAGGUUCUUCGGCAUUUCAAACCGAAGGCGCAUGGAAUAUAUCUCAAAAGGGUGAAUCGAUUUGGGAUAGAAUGACUCACGAGAAGCCGCAUAAAGUAGUCGAUGGGUCUAACGCCGAUAUCACAACUAAUUUUUACAAUAUGUAUAAAACAGACAUUAAUCUAAUUAAACAGAUAAACGGAAACGCGUAUCGAAUAUCGAUAUCAUGGUCGAGAGUUAUGCCAACGGGUUUUAGUAAUAAUAUCAAUAUCGAUGGAAUAUUAUAUUACAAUAAUGUAAUAAAUGAAAUGCUCAGACAAAAUAUUACACCUUUUGUAACGAUAUACCACUGGGAUCUGCCUCAAAAAUUGCAAGAUCUAGGUGGAUGGACGAAUCCCCUCAUUAUCGAUUGGUUCGUCGAUUAUGCUCAAGUGCUUUUCACCGCGUUCGGAGAUAGGGUCAAAUAUUGGAUUACAAUAAAUGAACCUUCAGUAAUGUGUUAUUUUGGUUAUAAUGGUGACUUUGCGCCUGGAAUCAAUCAAUCUGGCGUGGGUGAUUAUUUGUGUGGUCAUCAUGCUUUAAUAGCUCACGCUAGAACAUACCGGAUGUAUCAUGAAGAAUUUCGUAGUCAACAGAAUGGCCAAGUAGGAAUUGGAUUGUUAUUGACAUGGCAGUCCCCUGAAAACCCAAAUGAUCAUAAAGAAGUGUCAGGGGCUGAACUAUCUUGGGAGUUUUGGAACAGCUGGUUUUUGCAUCCGAUUUUUUCUAAACAUGGUGAUUAUCCCCAUUCAAUGAAACACCGGAUAUCGCAACUUAGUCAUCACCAAGGAUUUCCUCGCUCACGUUUACCAAAAUUAACGAAAAAUCAAAUUCAGAUAAUACAAAAUUCGGUUGAUUAUUUGGGGAUAAAUUUUCAUUACUCAGUAGUUGUAAAAAAAUUGCCAAAGCAUCGGUCUCAAACAAUAGUAUCUUUUACAGGAGAUACAGGAAUGACUUCAAUUUUUUCGACAGCUAUCAAAACUAGAUGUACACCAUCAGAAAUGUCGAAGGCGAUAAACCAUAUGUUAAACCUGUAUAAAAAUAUUCCGUCAAUAAUCAUCACCGAGAAUGGAUACGAAGAUGACGGCGAGGUAGUUGAUAAAAAUCGUGCCCAUUUUUAUCACCACAAUCUUUAUCAAGUGUUGAAACUAAUCUCACAGGGUGUAAAUAUUCGCGGAUAUUUCGCAUGGUCGCUCACCGAUAGCUUCGAAUGGCUCCAAGGUUACUCAAAAAGAUACGGAAUUUUUUCAGUUAAUUUUACUGAUCCUCAAUUGCCUAGAACGCCUAAAUUGUCAUCAAAAGUUUUAAGCGAAAUUUACAAAAAUAAAACUGUUAUAAACUCUUUUACGCUUGUCAACUAAAAUAGUUUUUGAAACUUUUAGAAUUAAAAAAAUUAUUAAGUUAUUGGAGUAUUUUAAUUUUAGCGAAAUAAAAUUUGAAAA